AAGUUGCCCACUGUGCUAUAGCAGCUGUCAAAGGUGGACGCAUUGAGAUAGUCUGUGUGUUAUCUGACUUGCACAAAGUAGAAAGUUUAUUUUGUUUAAAAUAAUUAUUUAAGUAAAAAUUCAAUCAAAAUGCCUUCGAUUCCGGGGAAAUAUCAGCACUUUAAAAACGAAGAUAUUGAUGAUUAUUUCUCUGCGGUUGGUGUUCCAUAUCUAGCCCGCAAGAUGAUGAGUAUGUCAUCCCCAUUGAUGGAAAUUUCAUUGGAUGGAGAUAAAAUGACUAUUAAAAGCACAUCCAUGAUGAGGACAAUAGAAUCCACUUUUACACUUGGCGAGGAAUAUGAUGAAAAAAUGCCGGACACAACUCUCAAAAGCAAAACAGUAAUUAUUGGAGAUGAUGAAUUAUUAACAGAGUCAUUGAUCCCUGAUUCAGAAUAUAAGACUAAACGCCAUUACAAGUUUACUGAUGAAGGAGUGGUUGUGACAUUAAGCCAUGAUAAAGCUGCAAGACCAGCCAAAAGGCACUACAAAAGGGUAAACUGAACUGGACCAGCUCCUCAAAGUGAUAUUCUCCACAACAUUUAAGCACAUUGCACUCCUGUUUACUUAAUUAUGUAUAAAUAAUUCUAGGUGUUUGUGUAUAUGUAUUAAGUAUAUCUAAGUAGGAAUAGGAAUGUACCUAAUGUUCUGUAAAUCCUUAAGCUUAUUUUUUUAUUCUUUGUACAAAAAUAAAUACAACUUAUUUAAUUUUAAA